AUGGCCGGCGCCCAGCCGCUCAGAUCGGCCUUGUCCCUCGCCACCACCGUGGAAGACACCUCGCUGGCCUUGCCCUCGGGCCACCGGCAGCACUGCUCCGGGGAGCAGCGCGUGCUGGAGCAGGUGAAGAGCUUGCAGAGGACCCGCUCCCGGCACUCCAGCAGCGGAAGGACUGCCUCCACGUCUCUCUCCCCGACUAGCCCUUUGAAUGACGUCAUAUUUGAGUCCAGUGUUUCUAAUGGAAAUGUCUUCUUUGGGAAUGGUUAUUCGAAAACUAACACCCUUGAGAAAAUCACCAACCGCCAUUUGUUCAACAGCACAGCAAAUGCCACACUAAAAAGCAACAGCGCCUACACCCGUCGCUACGAGUUCGGCUACACCCCCGUGGGCUGGGUGCCACCCAACCGCGAAGGGCAUCGUUCACUUUCCCUUUCCAAAUGGCGCGAGCCUCCGCAGAGGCUCCUCUCCAACCGCAACACCUACAAGACACAUCUACUCAGCAGCAGCAGUCAAUAUGCAAGCAAUAAUCAGCACUUGGUUAACAGGCCGCUUGACAUUAGCAAAAAGCAGUCCAAGCCUACUGCUUUGGAUACACUAACCAAGCAAAACAAGUUUACUGGCAAAGAGGAUUCUGGGUUCAUUGAGAACAGCACAGAUGCAGAUAUCACCAUGAAGGAAGCCGUGGAGUUCCUCUCCAACGAGGAUGUCAAAUUCCAGCACUGCGGCGCUUCCUACAUCCAGCACAACACCUUCAUUGAUGACAAGGCCAAGGAGGAGGUGCGAAAGUGCAACGGAAUUGCUCCGCUGGUAGCGCUGUUGCAUAGCCCCAACGCGUCCCUCAGCCAGACAGCCUCGGCCGCUCUGCGCAACAUCUCCUUCAAAAACAACGACAACAAGGAGGAAAUCCAACGCUGCGGCGGCAUCGCGUCAACCGUUGCCCUGCUCCGCGAAACCGACUCCCCUGAGAUCCAGAAGCAGCUCACAGGUCUUCUGUGGAAUCUGUCAUCCGCCAACAGCUUGAAGACGGACUUGCUCAAGAGCACGCUGCCCGUUCUGAUGGAGCACGUGAUCCUACCUUACACCACCAGCCUGGAGCGGGGAUCCCCUAGCGGGCCAGAUCACGAAGCCUUCCUUCACGCCACUAGCUGUCUGCGAAACUUAAGUAGCGCGAAGCAGGGUAACCGGCAGACAAUGAGGAAAUGUCGAGGUUUAGUGGAUUCUUUGGUGGCUUACCUUCAAGACUGCGUGGAUAACGGCAGGACCGAUGAUAAGUGUGCAGAGAACUGCGCGUGCAUCCUUCACAACCUCACCUUCGAGCUCGAGGCCGAGUCCCCGGCAUUGUUCAACCGUAUCAGAACACUAGCCAACCCGGUCGGCUCGCAGGAUAGUCAGGGUGACACCGGGCCUAUUGGUUGCUUUGCUCCUACUGGAAAAGGCUCCGAUAAAAAGCGGUACUUUGACUUCCCGGUGGUGGAGGACCCAAACCCGGCGGGGGCCGGUUGGCUUAUCCACUCCAAAACCCUGCAGAACUACUUGUCCUUAUUGGACUCAAGUCAUCGAGAGGAAACUCAGGAGGCCUGCUGCGGAGCUCUGCAGAACCUCACCGCGCAGGAGGGCAUCGUUUCCAAUGUGAUGAGCCAGACAAUGGUCCAGAAGCUGGAGGGCCUGCAUGUCAUCACACCGCUUUUGAAGUCUAACAAAGUGACCCUACAGAGGAAUGCGGUGGCCUUGAUACGGAACUUCAGCAAGAACCCAAAUCUGCAAGGCAUCUUGGCUCGUAAGGUGUUGCCCGAGCUACUGGGCAUUCUGAGCGCGGGCACCGAGGCCGGCAACGAGUCGGAUGACACGCUGGCCAUGGCGUGCCAGACGGCCAAUUUCCUGUUGGCCAAAGAACCCGAAAGCGGCAAGCGCCUGCUAAACGGCGGCUUGAUCAACUCACUCAAAGAGCUCAGCCAAAACAGAUACUUCCCCAAAUCCAGCAAGUCAGCAUCUGCGUUUCUUUACCAUUUGUGGUCUGACAAGGACAUCCAAAGCCUCCUGAAGAAGCAAGGGAUGAACAAGUCGUCGUUCAUCAAUGACGUCACCACAGCAGCCCACAAGUCGAGUCAAGUGAUUGAUUAA